CAGAGAAUCUCUCCUUCCUUCAAUUGUCUCUCUCUGUGAUUAGACACAAAUCAAAAGCAACAGGCUUUAAGAUAAAAUGGCCAUGUCUCAUCUCUUUCUUUCUUCUCCUCGGCCUUCAUUGGCUCCGCGACUCCACUCACCAACCCAGUUGUACUCUAACAACAAUAAAAAUCUCAAGGGUGCGAGUGAAGCUAAAGCAUCAAAGAGAUUUCUGUGCCGCUCGAUUCACAUGGAAUCUGAUCAUUCAGGGGAUUCAAGGAGGCUUACUUUCGAUACCCUUUUGAGAAAAGCAAAAGAUGUUUGGAAUGAUUCUCCACAACCGGUCAAGGAGUUCCCUUGGAACAGAGCGUUUGAGAACUUCAUACAGCUGGUUCUUGAUCUCGCCAUAUCAGUCGUUAAGUUCUUGUUUGUUCCCGUGUUGGCGGUUUCUUCUGUUAGCGAGAUGUCUUAUUGUGCACAUGAGAGGAGACUUGCUUUAGUCCCAUUCCCAUUAGUCAUCGGUAUUGUUGUUGGAGGUAUUCUACAAGGAACCGCUUUGAACAUCUCUCCUCGUCUUAAGGAAGCGGAAGUACCGUGGCAUUUGAUAGCUAUGAUGUUGUUCUUCACUCUGAUUAAGCUUCCUGGACCUUACUAUCCCUAUUUGGGGCGCUUGUUUGUUCCGCAUUUUGCCAAUGGAGUAUUGGUUAGAGCACUUUGGUCCAUGUUCUUUUGGUAUAAGAAGACUAGAAACACAUCAGGGAAUCCUCUGCAGAAUCACAGUUUGGAGACAAAAUGAGCAUCUUUUUAUUCUUGAGGUGGCAAGUGGCAAGUGGCAAGUGGGUCACUUGGAUUGGUUAUGGGGAUUAUGUGGAACCUCACGGAUUAGGAGCUUUCUUCUUCUUUACCUCCUCAAUCUCAGAGACAUGGAGGUAUACGAAAAUAUGAGUAAAAUAUAUAUUGUAGGCCCUAGAGAUGAUUAGUUAUGUUUUCUUCUCUUUAGUUUUUAUUGACAAUAUUACAUGUGAAAAUUGUACUCUUCUUUGGGAUGCAUUUGUAUCUUUGAGAUGGAAAAAAACGAGGAGGGAUGACUCAUGUUUUAUUCGUAGAGGAUGUUUUUGGGUUAAUACCGAGUACAAACUGUUUAGAAACACAAGAAAUAAUGAGAUUUACGAUUUGCG